CCGCCCAAAGAAAUGGUAGUGGUGGUGAGGUUGAGGUUGGGGUUGGAGUAGGUAGCGCAGCCCACCAAAGAAAUAACGGUGGUUGUGGUGGAGUAGGUGCUGGUGUGUACAUCAUGGCGGUGAAGAAGAAACCGAAGUCUGCAAAUAUUGCAGGCGUUUCGGAGAUGUUUACGUUUCUUAGACAUUUUUAA